AUGUUGAGGUCAUUCUUUACACUCACCAACCUUCUUCUAUCUACUGCAGUAGCCUUGCCAUCCGGCAUUAUACGUAGUAGCCAUAUUUCAGGCGGCUUGUCCGCCCGGGGAUCCUGCGCGACGCAAGCGUCCGACGCCACCAACGACGGCGACCAAGGGGGUGCCGGUAUUAAACUAAGUUAUAGCGGUAGUGGAUCUCGCAGCUUCUUCGUGUACGAGAACAGCUGCGACAGCAUACCACUCAAGUAUGUGACUGUCAGUGCCGGAGAGACUAAGUUUGUAGCGUUACCGGAACUAUUCCAAGGCCGCAUCGUGCGUGGCUCUGAUGCCAACUUAGACGGACAGCCGCACUUGUUAGGUACCUGGCUCGAGCUCGGACUAGACGGCACCGGCAAGGGCUACGGUGAUAUAUCACUGAUUCGAGGUUGUGAUGGUCCUGUGACUCUUGCCGCCGAAGAUGGGACCGGUGUGACUACCGGCUUCGAUGACUUGAGUGUAUUAGCGGACGCACCUGAAGGCGUCUACGAGAUCGAGAGUGACGGAACGAAAGUUAUCGAGGCCACUGAGGGCGAACUUUCUGCUGUCGUCGAGCCCGUGAGGGACUACCUUGCUAGCAAGCUCGGGUACGAGAAGGCGUACAUCGACGACUACCAUGGCAACCCUGUCAUCUGCUCCUCCAACGAACGAUUCAGUGCUACAUUCUACUAG